GCUUGUUUCUCUACGUUUUCUUCAUGCUCUAAACACAAUUUCGGAUCAAUGAAUGUUAGCGUUUUAAUCUCGACGACUAUUUAUUCUGCUUAGGGCUCUCGCAGUUCCAAAAAUGGCUGACCCAGAAUUAGAAGCUAUCAGGCAAAGGAGAAUGCAGGAGCUCAUGGCUCAACAGAGCAUGGGAAGUCAGCAAAACCCUGACCAGCAGAAAGCCCAGGAUGAAGCUAAAAGGGAGGCUGAUGAGCGAAGGCAAAUGAUGCUUACUCAGAUUCUGACUUCUGAAGCAAGGGCUAGAGUUGCUCGAAUUGCUCUUGUGAAGCCUGACAAGGCCAGAGGAGUGGAAGAUGUUAUACUCAGAGCUGCUCAGUAUGGGCAGAUCACAGAAAAGGUUUCUGAAGAGAAACUUAUACAAUUACUUGAACAAAUUAACACCCAAACUACUAAGCAAACGAAAGUAACAAUCCAGAGGCGUCGGAACGUUCUUGAGGAUGACGAUUAGAGUGCUACAAAUAUGGCAGACGUGAUUAUAUAGUGCUGUAUUUGUAGUUUAUUUGAGACAUGAUUGCUGUUUGCAGUAUACACUAACAAACUUCAUCAAACUCUUGGCUCUUUUAGUAUAUUAUGUUGCUAUGAUUGAGUUCAGUUUUCCAGGUUCAGAUUGCUUCUCGUGUAAUAGUUGUCAAGAGAGAAAUAGAAUGGGCUUAGAGCCCGUUUGAAUUCGCUUAUUAAAAGUUGAGAUUUUUAUAUUCCUAUACACUAUAUGAAACUAUAUUAUCCACCC